AGGAUGCCCAGCCCAGGCCCAUUCUUUGGCCUCCACCGCUCCCCGCCCUCGCACACUCCCCCGCUCUCGCCCAAAGCACGAUGCUCGACGCAUCCUGUGCCCUUGUCUCCGGCCCACUUUGCCUGGACGAUGACUGUGGAUCUUGAGGCCCGAUGCACGUUUUUGGGUUGUACCCGCUCUGGUGUCGGACCCAAGCUCGGCCUCAAAGCGCUGUGGAUCCAGCACCAGAGGAGCCGUGCAUUCCCCACCUCCUCCUGUUCAGGAGCUGGCCCACAGCCACUGUCGCUGCAACUGCAUGCGAUGGCUCGUCGCCUCCUUGCCGAUUGCGGACAAGUUUUUUUUUUCUUCUUCUUCGUUGCGAUAUAAGAUACCGUGCUGGGCAGGCGGCUGGACGCCCUCAUCCUUCUCUGGCUCGUCCUAGAUCCACAGCAUCGUCGCCGGCGUUCUGCGUUUGCCUGGCGCUGCCUCGUCCCUCAUCUCGACGCAUCUGCCCGACAUCGGUCUGGGCUGUGCCGCUCCCGCUGUCUCUGCAGGACCUCAUUUCUAAUUGGCCCUUUCAUCCUGCUGGUCUUCCUUCUAUACCUCGUCCUCGAUUCGCAAUCGAUCCAUUCCUUGGCAGCAAAUGUAGGUGGCCGUAAUGGCGGUGGUCGUCCGGGCGUCUUUGUCUCGGUCAUCCGCAGUGGAUCUUGCCACAGCCGACGCUCGUUCCUCCUUCUUGGUGGUGGUGAUCUCUGCGUGGCCGGCUGCCAUUCGAGGACAGAGCUCCAUCUCUGGAUCUCAGGCUCCCCGCUCCUGCCCUCGUCUCGUCCUUCCAUUGGCGGCAUCGUUGCUGUGCUCACCACCCAAGUUCGCACUGCUCGUCCGCAUCUUGAAAGCCGCCAGCCUCGCAGCAACACCCCCAAGGUCGCCCCUUUCAAAGCGUUAUCGACACCACCU